GGCCCACUUGGCAUAACUGGUUCUCCAGGUUUUCCAGGUGCUCCAGGUGUAAAGGGUGAAGCAGGUCCAACAGGACCUCGUGGUCCUGAAGGUCCUCAAGGACAAAGAGGUGAAACAGGUCCACAGGGCCCAGCUGGAUCACAAGGUCUUCCUGGUACCGAAGGGACAGAUGGUUCCCCAGGUGCUAAGGGCCCUACUGGAUCUCCAGGGACUGGAGGCCCCCCUGGUUUAUCAGGUCCACCUGGUUCCCCAGGACCACAAGGCAGUACCGGCCCACCGGGUAUUCGAGGCCAGCCGGGAGACCCAGGUGUCCCAGGUUUCAAGGGAGAAGCAGGACCCAAAGGUGAACCUGGCCCACAAGGUCCUCAGGGUCCCAUUGGCCCUAUAGGUGAAGAAGGGAAAAGAGGUCCUCGAGGUGAUCCAGGGUCAGUAGGUCCACCAGGUCCUGUUGGAGAGAGGGGUGCUCCUGGUAACCGUGGUUUUCCAGGUUCUGAUGGCUUGCCUGGACCAAAGGGUGCGCAAGGAGAGCGUGGUCCUGCAGGUUCUUCUGGUCCUAAAGGAGGUCAGGGAGAUCCUGGGCGUCCUGGUGAACCUGGCCUCCCGGGUGCAAGGGGUUUGACAGGAAAUCCGGGUGUUCAAGGCCCUGAAGGAAAACUUGGCCCCUUGGGUGCUCCUGGAGAAGAUGGACGCCCAGGUCCUGCAGGUUCAAUAGGAAUCAGGGGUCAGCCAGGCAGCAUGGGCCUUCCUGGGCCAAAGGGUAGUAGUGGUGAUCCUGGAAAACCCGGAGAAGCAGGCAAUGCAGGUGUCCCAGGACAGAGAGGAGCCCCUGGUAAAGAUGGAGAAGUUGGUCCUUCUGGUCUUGUUGGCCCACCAGGUCUAGCAGGAGAAAGAGGAGAACAAGGCCCUCCAGGUCCUACAGGGUUUCAGGGUUUGCCUGGGCCACCAGGUCCCCCAGGAGAGGGAGGAAAGCCAGGUGAUCAGGGUGUGCCUGGAGAUCCUGGAGUGGUUGGUCCAUUGGGCCCUAGGGGAGAACGUGGCAAUCCAGGAGAGAGGGGAGAACCAGGUGCAUCAGGACUCCAGGGUGAAAAGGGUAUGGCUGGAGGUCAUGGUCCUGAUGGUCCAAAGGGAAGCCCAGGCCCUAGUGGGACGCCUGGUGAUCCAGGCCCACCAGGACUUCAAGGUAUGCCUGGAGAAAGAGGGAUCGCUGGAACACCUGGCCCCAAGGGUGACAGAGGCGGCAUAGGUGAGAAGGGUGCUGAAGGCACAGCUGGCAACGAUGGGGCAAGAGGUCUCCCUGGUCCAAUAGGCCCAAUGGGUCCAGCAGGUCCCACUGGUGAAAAGGGUGAACCAGGUCCUAGAGGUCUAGUUGGUCCUCCUGGCUCCCGCGGAAACCCUGGUUCCCGAGGAGAAAACGGCCCAACUGGAGCUGUUGGUUUUGCUGGUCCUCCGGGCCCUGAUGGUCAGCCAGGUGUGAAAGGUGAACCUGGAGAACCUGGACAGAAAGGAGAUGCUGGAUCUCCGGGACCCCAGGGUCUUGCUGGGUCUCCUGGUCCACCAGGUCCUCCAGGUGUUCCUGGUCUGAAAGGUGGUAGAGGAACUCAGGGUCCACCUGGUGCUACUGGAUUCCCAGGAUCUGCUGGAAGAGUUGGGCCUCCAGGGCCUACUGGAGCUCCAGGGCCCGCUGGUCCUAUUGGUGAGCCAGGAAAAGAAGGUCCCCCAGGUCUUCGUGGUGAUCCUGGUUCUCAUGGCCGUGUGGGAGAUCGAGGGCCAGCUGGGCCUCCUGGUGGUCCUGGAGACAAGGGUGAUUCAGGGGAAGAUGGGCAGCCGGGCCCGGAUGGACCCCCUGGUCCAGCAGGAACUACUGGUCAAAGAGGUAUUGUUGGUAUGCCAGGACAACGAGGGGAAAGAGGCAUGCCAGGGCUACCAGGUCCUGCAGGGACACCAGGAAAACAAGGUCCCACAGGGCCACCUGGUGAUAAAGGUCCCCCAGGACCUAUUGGCCAGUCAGGUGCCACUGGACCUGUAGGUGAAGCUGGUCCAGAGGGACCUGCUGGCAAUGAUGGUACUCCUGGACGAGAUGGAGCUGUUGGAGAACGUGGUGAUCGUGGUGAACCUGGCCCUGCAGGCUUACCAGGUUCCCCUGGGGGCCCAGGAACUCCAGGUCCUGUUGGCCCUCCAGGAGAUGCAGGUCAAAGAGGUGAAACUGGUUCUCGAGGUCCAAUGGGUCCCCCAGGUCGUGCAGGAAAAAGGGGUUUGCCUGGUCCCCAAGGACCUCGUGGUGACAAAGGUGACAAUGGAGAUCGAGGUGACAGGGGCCAGAAAGGACACCGGGGCUUCACUGGGCUUCAGGGUCUUCCAGGUCCUCCUGGUCCUAUUGGUGAACAGGGCAGUCCUGGUAUUCCAGGCCCAUUUGGUCCUCGGGGUCCUCCAGGUCCAGUUGGUCCUUCUGGAAAAGAUGGAAGUCCUGGUCCACUUGGACCAGUUGGGCCUCCUGGUGUUAGAGGGAGUGUGGGAGAAGCUGGACCUGAGGGUCCACCAGGUGAACCUGGCCCUCCUGGUCCUCCAGGACCUCCAGGCCACCUCACUGCUGCCAUUGGUGACAUUAUGGGACACUAUGAUGAUGCCAUGGCAGAUCCGCUACCAGAGUUUACUGAAGAUGAAGCAGCCCCAGAUGACCAUAACAAAACAGACCCAGGAGUCCAUGCCACACUGAAGUCACUGAGCAGCCAGAUUGAGACUAUGCGCAGCCCGGAUGGUUCAAAGAAGCACCCAGCACGGACUUGUGAUGACCUGAAGCUUGAAGUAUAUAUGCGGAUGUAUCCCAUGUCUAUUUAUUCAGGUGAAUACUGGAUUGAUCCUAACCAAGGAUGUGUUGAAGAUGCUAUAAAAGUAUACUGCAACAUGGAAACUGGAGAGACCUGUAUUUCUGCAAACCCAUCUACUAUACCACGUAAAACAUGGUGGGCCAGCAGGUCAUCUGACUUAAAGCCCAUUUGGUAUGGCCUUGAUAUGAACAGGGGAUCACAGUUUGUGUAUGGGGAUACAGCUGUUACUCAGAUGACAUUCCUGCGCCUCCUAUCAAAGGAAGCUUCCCAGAAUAUCACUUACAUCUGUAAGAACAGUGUUGGGUACAUGGAUGACCAGACAAAGAACCUUAAAAAAGCUGUAAUUCUGAAAGGGGCCAAUGACCUGGAGAUAAAAGCAGAGGGCAACAGCCGAUUCAGAUACACUGUUCUUCAUGACAGCUGUUCUAAACGUAAUGGGAAUGUGGGCAAGACUGUUUUUGAGUACAGAACGCAGAACGUGGCACGCUUACCUAUCAUAGAUAUGGCACCCGUGGACAUUGGCAGUACCGACCAGGAAUUUGGAAUUGAAAUUGGGCCAGUUUGCUUUGUGUAGGAGGAAGGGGGGAAAUUAACACACUACCCAGCAACAGCAGCAAUUAAACACAUGAACUUAGACUGAUUGAAGUUAAUCCUGAGACUCUUGAAGUAAUGGCUGAUAUUGGAUCAGCAUUGUAUAUAAGGUUCUUUUUAAAUGCCCGGCCUCCUUUUGAAUAUUUAUUUUACUUACAAACCUUCUGUUUCAAAUGAUUGAAACCAUUUAGUACAACAGUACAAUUUUAAGAGGAUUGAUGACCACCUUUUAAAAGUAAUAAGAAUCUUUUCCCUCACCUUUGUUUCAAAUUAUUUUGAAAUUUACAGGUAUUCAAAAUGGAUAGUUUUAAUGUGGGACUAUGUAAAGCUCUAAGAAUUAUUUCUUUUGCUUGGAUGCAUACUGAAUAACAGAAAAGUAGAGCACUUUCGUGAACUGUUGGCUACAUUUCAAUCAUAGCUACUCCCUCUACCCCAGUUUGUCGUCCUGUGGUUGCCAGGAUAAUAGCCAUUCACAGAAAUCUGUCUUUUGUAGAAGGAAAUCUCUUCAGACAAGAUCUUAGUUUGGCUUGUCUUUCCUGCACCUUCCUAUGUAAUAGUCUGCUCA